GCUCAACAGUAAACUAUUAAAAUAAAAUAGGGAAAUUAUUUAGUUAAUGAUCAAACACCUUUUACAAAUUAUUCUCAUUCAUGGCAGACUGGCAAAUAGAUUUUCUCUGAAUGAGGAAGAAUGGAAGAAGCUUUUGAAGAAAGCCAGGACCCACAGAGGGCUGUAGAGCCAAUGAUGAUGAUGCUACUACUGGUUUCUUCCUUAAAAUUGUGUAUUUGCCGGUAGAUGAUGAAGCUACUACUGGUUUCUUCCUUAAAAUUGUGUAUUUGCCGGUAGUCACAACUGUUUAUAAUUUUUACUAGCCUCCAACUUCAUUCUCCACACCUUGCUACUGAAAAAAAUAUUAAAUCGCUCAUAACUAAUAGACACUUCUUUGGUGUUUGUAGUACUAUCCUUUUUAUGUACUCUUAUGCACCUAAAAGAGUGGAUACUGCAUGACCAUUCCAUCGACCUUUUUAUUCUGACCUGGCAGGCUUUGGUUGGUUUUAACCUUCAUGAAGUGUGCCUGUGAUUCAGAUUGUAGUAUUCUGGGUUGUGUUGUAUAGUCUUUUGUUGCAUACCACUGGUUUAGAGGAACAAGGUGCCUGCAUCUUUAGGGUUGAAGUAAGUGUCAGGAUGUUGAAGGGUUAUAUAGGGGUAGGCAGAUGAUUGGGAUAUGGAGCACAUAAAGAUUGGACUGUCAGAGCCAUAAAAGAGGAAGGGAGAUGAAGCUCAGUACAGAUGGGCCUCAACAACCCAGAUCAGUGUUAUGAAAACCUGAAACCCUAGAUAUGUCUAUAGUCUUGUUUAGAUUAUGUAAAGUACAAUGUGAUAUUUUAAUAUUAUGAAUGAAGGGUUGGGAGGAUGUCACAACAUACUGUGGCUUAAUAUUUGGCUGGACAGACUGAAUAAAAUCACAAAAAUUAAAUGUGGAACACUCACAUUACCAAUUGUAAAGAUUUGCAACAACUGUUUUCCUUGGCAGAAUUUGAUACCUUUUCUUCAGUCCCUUCAGGUAAAAAGAAACAUUUAAUCAAAACUUAUUUAUAGGGGAUAAACUAAUAUUUAAUAAUGAAUGGAUUCACUAUCAGGGAAGCUAGACGUGAAGAUUGUAGAGAAAUUCGGAGACUGAUACAGGAACUGGCAAGUUAUUCACAGUACCCAGAAGAUCCAGCAAUUGAAACAGACAUUCUGGAAGAGGACGGUUUUAAUCCUGAGCAUCCAUAUUUCUACUGUUUUGUUGCUGAACGAUCCCUUGAAGACAGUGGUGAUGCUGUUGUUCCAAAUAAUAGUGGGGAGUUUUCUGACAUAGGAGCAUGUGGAAGUUCAAAUACAGGAACAAGUGAUGAUUCUAAUGCAAAUAUAUUGUUAGGAUAUGCACUGUACUAUUAUACUUACUCAACUUGGAAGGGAAAGGCACUCUACUUGGAAGAUCUUUAUAUAACCCCUGGUUGUCGAGGGCAAGGUCUGGGAUCAGCCAUAUUUAAUAGAGUAGCCAAGAGAGCUUUUGAGUCUCGUUGCUCUCGAUUAGAUUUUGCUGUCCUUAAUUGGAAUCCAGCUCGAGAUUUCUAUAAAGCAAAGGGUGCAAUUGACAUCACAGAAGAGGAAGGCUGGCAUCAUUACAGACUAGAUCGUGAAGCACUGGCAAAGUUGGCAUUGGAAGUAAACAAGGUUAAUGUCAAUAAUGAGUAGAAUUUGUAAUAAGUUACCAGUUCUUUUGCUUAAACAAUAUUAUUUCUCUUAAAUACAGCAGAACCAGGGUUGGUUUCAGUAUUUAUAGUGUGUUAUCAUCUUUCUUACACAGCCAGAGAUAUCAGUUAUCAGAACAUUUUUUUAUGGUAUGCAACAAUAUGCCAUGCUAACAACUUCCUAAAAAAAAACAUAUGCCAAUAAGAAUUAAUCAGUAAUAAAGAUUCAAAUAAUUACAAA